AUCGCAAAUAUCGGCUUUGGUUCCAGCACUAGGCUCUGAAAAAAAUUAAUUACAAAUUAUUUAAAGUGAAUUGGGUCAAAGCUGAAUCAAAUUAUGGCCACAAAAACGAGUACGAUUGAGCGCAACGGGCACCCGGCCAAAACCUCAACGUUGCGGGAAAUUUGGGCGCGCGCCAUCACAAAAUCGGAGUGGGAGGACAAGGAGGAGUUUCUGGACGUGAUCUAUUGGUCUCGGCAGGUAUUUGGCAUCUUUCUAGGAGUCAUCUGGGGCAUAGUGCCGCUUAAAGGUUUUCUGGGCCUCGUACUAUUCGCCGGCAUUAGCUGUGGGAUCGUCUACUUAUACGCCAUAAAUUUCCAGAACGUGGACGAGGAUGCCUACGGAGGCGUUUGGGAGCUGGUCAAAGAGGGAUUUAUGACGUCGUUCGCCGGGUUUUUGGUCACGUGGAUCAUCUUUUACACGGGUCUGCACUACGACACCAUAAUGGCGGCGAAAGGGUCUUAAUAGCACCGCCUAGCCAUAUCAGACUCCAGGAGCCACAUCCCGAUUCCCGUUCUUUUUAAAUAAGCCAGCCCAGCGUCCUCCUGUUUUGUCCCCUUUGUACUCGCUGUAGAUUGUUAAACUUUUAGCCAAUUACGUUCAUGUAAAUGCAUUUCUACGGUGGCCAAGUUUCCCAGCUCUUUCCGUGAAAGAUCCUGCGGCCGGCAGCCUUAGUUGAGAACAAAAGAUACUAUAUAUAUUUGUGUAUGUCCAGAAUGCAGAAUACGAUGAAUCAA